CACGCAGCAAGCCCCGACUUGCGCGCUGCAGCUCAGAAGCGAGCGUACGGCUCAGCCUGCCUGCAUGUUUAAAAAGCAAGGAAACCGUUUUACCUGCAUGUGACAAUCCCAGAGGACACCGAUCAAGAAACAGGGGAGUGACUUGGUCUUCUGCACUACUUUACUCCUACCCCAAUUUUUUUUAGGGGGAGAGAAGGAUUUUUCCAGUCCAAGAAUCUCUUUGCCCCCAAGUUCUGGAAGGGGGUUGAAGACUUGUCACCCAUCUGGGGGUGCAUGAAGGGUAUUGGUUUUCUUUCUCUGUUAACUUGGCUCUGUGAAGGGUUGGAAGAGAAUUUUGCCUUCCUGACUUGCCUGGAACAAGAGGAUGAUUUGGAAGUGGCUGGGCGCUUUGCUGCUUUUCCCCGUGCAGAUGGUUUAUUUGGUGGUGAAAGCUGCCGUGUGCAUGGUGCUGCCGCCCAAGCUCCGAGACCUGUCCGGGGAGAACGUGCUCAUCACCGGAGGGGGCAGAGGGAUCGGCCGCCAUCUGGCCAGGGAGUUUGCUAAACGAGGAGCCAGAAAGAUCAUCCUGUGGGGUCGAACUGAGAAAUGCCUGAAGGAGACCACAGAGGAAAUCAGGAUGAUGGGGACGGAAUGCUAUUAUUUCAUUUGUGAUGUAGGAAAUCGAGAGGAGGUCUAUCAGCAAGCCAAAGCUGUGAGGGAAAAGGUGGGUGAUAUCACUAUCCUGGUGAACAAUGCUGCUGUGGUCCAUGGUAAGAGUCUGAUGGACAGCGAUGAUGAUGCACUGCUCAAAUCACAACAUAUAAACACCCUGGGACAGUUCUGGACCACCAAAGCAUUCCUGCCAAGGAUGCUGGAGUUGCAGAAUGGACACAUUGUUUGCCUGAACUCUGUCCUGGCCUUGUCAGCCAUCCCUGGUGCCAUUGACUAUUGCACCUCCAAAGCCUCGUCCUUUGCCUUUAUGGAGAGCCUGACCUUGGGGCUGCUAGACUGUCCUGGAGUGAAUGCCACAACAGUCCUGCCCUUCCACACGAGCACAGAGAUGUUUCAGGGCAUGAGAAUCAGGUUCCCUAAUCUUUUUCCUCCUCUCAAGCCAGAGACAGUGGCUAGGAGGACCGUAGAAGCUGUUCAGAUGAAUCAAGCCUUCCUGCUCCUUCCAUGGACAAUGCAUGUUCUUGUCAUCCUAAAAAGCAUUCUCCCUCAGGCAGCACUUGAAGAAAUCCACAAGUUUUCUGGAAGCUACACUUGCAUGAACACUUUUAAAGGACGAACAUAGACUUGAUGAUGGUGCAAGGACUAUUCUUCAGUGAAACCAACACAAGUAUGAAAAUCCUGACAAGACUGUGAAUCAGCAGGCUUGGCUUUUAGCCUGUUCAUGUGACUUGCACUGCUCUGAGGCAACACAUUUCUUGCAGGUCAUAUCCAUAGUAACAUGACCUUUGCACAGGAUUGAAUGACUAGACUAUGGACUCUUGGAAAGAAAAACAAAAAGUGUGAAAUGUUUAUAUGAUGUUUAAUUCUUUAGAGUUCAAUUGUUAAAUCUACUCAUAGUUUUAAGAUGUAAUUUUUGUUUCUAAAGUGUCUGUAGGCUGUUUCAGCUGAGAGGCAGUACAUCACACCCCAUACUUGCUUUAUCCCCUCUCUUCAGAGGAAUGCAAUUACAAACUGCUACUGGUUUCAUUUCAUCUUUUUGAAUGGGGAACUCAACAAAUACUUUGAAGAACUAGAAGUUAUGGACAUUUAAUGGAAGCUUCCUUCCCUUUCUUCACUUUACAUCCCUUGAUGAAGCUACUCCCAACUCACAUCAGGGAAGGAGCAACUGUGGAGCAGUGUUUUCUUUGUUAAAGGCCACCCAGGACUUCUGUCUGGAAGGACUGUGCUAGGCCCAAGAAAGCUGUCUUACUUCACCUGUGAAGUCUGGAGAGGAAUGCUCAGUCAGAAGAGCAGACAGUUUGAAUAGUGGAAGAUUGUUUCUGUCACUGAACUCAUAUAUGAAAUUUAAUUGUCUUUCUGAGUAUUUUUGUUCAUUUAUGAUAAAAUAUAUAUAUAUAUUUUUAGCAUUAAUCCCAGAUUGCCACGCAUGUAGGCAGCAUCACACUGGGGAUGAACUAAAUCUAGAACUAAAACUAGAGCCUGUUUGUACAAACAUACAUUCACUGACAUAAUCCAUGCAGAGAAAAUCCAUUGUAUCUAUCUGCACAGUGAAGUAAGUGAAAUAAUGCUCUAAAAAUAGAAGACACAUUGCUGUAGUGCUCAUGAAAUGUGAAGUUUGGAAGCACAGUUAGCAAAGACCUGAUUAAAUGCACGUUGAAUUCAACUGGGGAUACACCCAUUGUUUUUUAGGGGCAUUGAAUCAGGCACUCAUCAGCCAAAAGUGAUAAAUACUGCUUGGACUGAAAUGCCAGAAGCAGCUAGACAUUAUUUAUUUUUGUAAUGAUAUACUCUCUUUGACAGCCCAGUAAGAGCAACACUGCAUUCCUAUGCCAGAUGCAGUGUGCAGCACUAGGCAUAGUAAUGUAGUUGAAACAUAUUGGAACA